AAAAAGAACAGAGAGAUGGCAUUCAUUUUCUGGAUCAGUCUUUUGGUUCUUCUCCAGCUCAGAGAGGCCAAUAUGUUUUCUCCUCAUUUGGCAAAUGGUUCAACAACAAUGAAGGAGGCACUUUUAUCCUCUUCAAACAAGACUCUGGUUGGCCGAGAUAAGCAUCUAAGAAGAAGUGAUAUCAAUAUGACUGAACUGAAGAGAACAUUCCUUCAAACACUGAACCUGAAUAUUUCUCAUCAUAUUUGUCAAGACUAUAAACACAUAAUGGCCUUUCUAACUUGCCUAGUAGGAGACCAUAUGCAAACUGCUUGGAUUGCCUCCAACUUCAUGAUUGGGCUUUAUGCAAGUGUAAUGAUUUUAGUCUUUCUUCUCUCUAACUUUCAGAGGACAACCUGGAAUGUCUAUACCUGGACCCUAGCUCUGGCUCACAUUAGUGUCCUUGCAUGUUUAUGCCUUAUCUCUCUAAUUGAUAGUAAAAACUAUUCUUGGGAUGUGGAUAGUGACUUUAUUGAGUGGUUUCUACUCCUGGCAUACCUGUUUUUAUCCAUGCAAUGUUUUAGUCUGCAUUGCCUUGUGGCCAUUGCCAUUAACUGGUUUUUGUGCUUCCUAAUCCCAAACUGGUACAAAGGCCAGCAACCAGACUUUGUGGCACCUCUCAUAUCUGCCACUUUGUCUGCCCUGUGGCCAGUGGCUUCCCUCCUAUUAUUUUUUCCUCAUUUCGAUAUUGACAUAGGAACAAUAGUUAUUGUGACCUUUGUUAUUUUUCUUCCAAUUUUGGUCAUCUCGAUUCAGACCCUGAUAAUCAAGAUUUGGCAUAACUUAUACAAGAAAAGCAGUUACCCGAUAGGUUGUUUAUUUGGAGCAAUUUUCUUCUUUUUCACAUGGACCCUCAUACACUUAUUUUUCAACCUGGAAAAGGAGUUUCCUGUGUUCUCCUUAUUAACUUUUUCACUUACCUUUUUCAGCAGCACUGCUAACCCUCUUUUUUACAUCAAUGAGCAAAUAGAUAUGUUAUAUUUUCUUGGUGUAUCAAAUUGUAUGCUAGAUGGAAACAAGUGAGGAUGAAUUCACCAAAAACAUCUUUGCACUUUGGCAUUCUGGGCAAUUGAAGAAGAGAGACAAAGUAGUUUAAGAGAAAUGUGUCACUGUGCUUCUUUGCUUUUGCAAGAAUUGAGUUUUGUAAACCCUACUAGUAUAUAAAGUUCUAAAUGGUGAACCUGUUCCAAGUUGAAUAAAAGUUCUAGUUUAAGAAUGCCUAGUUUUCUUAAUGAAAUUAAAGCAUGAUACAGAUUUCAUUUUACUCUUCUAAGCUAUUUUGUUAAAAAAGAAAGAUCAACAUCAAGACUACACAAAAGUGAAAAUUGAGUUGGUAUCUUCUGAAUGUGUAAAUUCCCUUACACAAGUGGUUGGAGAAGAUAACUUGGUCCAGCAGGGA